AUGCCGGGCGCGGCGAGCGCGACGGGGGCGACGUCGAGGAUAGAUCCGUCGCAGAUUCCGCGACCGCAGUACGCGAGUCACGAGGAAAGGGUGACGUAUAACACGAGAAGCGAGAUGGAUCAGGCCACGCAUCCGCCUUCGGCGACGUUGGAGUACGUCGGAUGCGACUUGGGGAGCGCCAACCCGAGAUACAUGCGAUCGACGCUGAGCAGCUUACCGAACACGGGAGACUUGCUGACGACGAGCGGAAUGCCGCUGAGCAUCAUGACUCGUCCUUUAGCGCUACCGCAUCCCGAGGAAGCGCCGAUUCAUUUGAUAGAUAACGGCAAGACGGGUCCGAUUCGAUGCGGUCGGUGCAAGGCGUACAUGAACCCGUACAUGCGCUUCCUGGACCACUUGAGAUUUGAAUGCAACUUUUGCUAUUUCGUCACCGAAGUUCCGCACGAGUACAUGUGUAACUUAGGAGCGAACGGUAAGCGCACGGAUUGGACGGAGCGACAAGAGCUGUGUAGAGGGACGGUUGAGUACGUGGCGCCGCAAGAGUACAUGGUGCGACCGCCCAUGGCGCCGACGUAUCUAUUCUUAAUCGAGGUCACGUCCCAAGCCAUUCACAGCGGUGUCACCACGAGCGCGUGCGAAGUCAUCAUGCGAACGUUAGAUAGCGUUCCCAAAGAUGCUCAGGUGGGGAUCGCCACCGUUGACUCAGCGAUUCACUUCUAUCACCUCAAGGAUGGAGCCGAGAAACCGUCGAUGCUCAUCGUUCCCGACGUGGAAGACUCGUACGCGCCGCUGAAGAGUGGUCUCGUCGUCUCCUUGGCCAAAAAUAGAGAAGCGAUUGAAAGUCUACUAAAGAUGAUUCCGGAGACGUUCUCGUCGACCGCACCUGGUCCGAAUGCGUCGACGGCGGCCAUCAAGGCGGGAAUUGAGUGUUUGAAACCGACGGGCGGCAAGGUGAUGGCUUUCAUGGCGACAAUCCCGAACGUCGGCCUUGGCAAGCUCGAAGCUCGCACGGGCACUGCCGGGCAGCGCACUGGGAACAUCGAAAAGGAGCCAUUGAAGUGUAUGGCGCCGGCUGACAAGGCGUAUCACACCAUGGCUACGUACGCCGCGGAGCAUCAAGUUUGCAUCGAUCUCUUCCUCUGCGUGUCCUCGGCGGUGGAUGUCGCCACGCUCGGAGUGCUACCGCGCUUGACCGGAGGUUCGUUAUACAGAUACCCAGGGUUCAACGUCCAGCAAGACUUCGCCCAACUGCACAACGACUUGAGGUGGAACUUCAUCCGCCCGCAAGGACUCGAAGCCGUGAUGCGCGUUCGAGCGAGUUCGGGUCUGGGCGUUCAAGAUUAUAAUGGAUUCUUCUGCAAACGAACGAUGACGGACAUAGAUUUACCGGCUAUCGAUAGCGACAAGACAAUUGCGGUGACGCUGAGAUACGAAGAUAAGUUGGUGGACGGUAGAGAGGCGUACGUGCAGUGCGCGCUCUUGUACUCAACGACGUCGAUGGAACGUCGAAUUCGAGUGCACACAAUCGCUCUUCCGAUUACAUCUGUUCUCGGUGCGCUGUUUCGGUCGGCAGAUCUGGAUGCACAGAGCGACUGGGCUGUUCGUAAAGCGGCGAACGCCUUACUUUCGGGGAACGGCACGCUCGCCUCGGCGAAAGACGCAUCUUUGCAACAGUGCAUCGCGACGUUGUUUGCAUAUCGUCGAUUCUGCGCAAGCAACAACAGCAGCGGCCAACUCAUCUUACCCGAAGGUUUGAAGACGCUUCCGCUUUACACUUUGGGUUUGCACAAAUCAUACGGCUUACGCUCGGACGCGUCGCCGGACGAUCGAGCGGCAUGGCUCUACCGAGCUUUGCACGCGCCGCCCGAGCUAGCGACGCCCGCCGUGUACCCGCGGCUCUUCUCCAUCCACGACUUGCCUCAAGAUUCUUCGUUCCCGCCCAUUCCUCCGUGCAUGUGGCUAAGUUCAGAGAAACUCAACCAAGAUGGCGCGUACUUGUUGGAAGAUGGCCAAGAAAUCUUAAUCUGGAUCGGUCGACAGCUUCCUGUCGAGACGUUGCGAGAUUUAUUUGGCACCGAAAACGUCGACGACAUCGUCUCUACGCGAGCGACGAUUCCGAAUCUCGACACUCCGGCUUCGAAGGCGUUGAAUAGUUUUAUUAACGCCAUUCGUAAGCAACGCGGCGCUUUCAUGCGGGCUCGCAUCCUCAAACGCGGGGACACGCUCGAGGCAUUGUUUUACAACCGACUUAGCGAGGACCGCAGUCCGGCGGGCAUGAGCUACGUCGAGUUCUUAUGUCAUUGCCAUCGAUUGAUCAUGAACAAGUCAAACUAG